AAUCCAAUAUUGUACAAUGUAGCAGAUUCAGAAUCGGCUUUAUUGGCCAAGUAUGUUUAACACACAAGGAAUAUGACUUGGUGAACUGUGCUCUCCUUGUUCAAUAGGCCGUUUUCCAGCGCAGGAACUUUUUCAGGAACUUCCUCAUGUAAAUAAAGUUACCCCUGUGUUUUGUACAAAAACUAGCCAGGUAGAUUUAGUUCUUUUGGAACCUUUCGGAGUUCCUUCUAGGUAGGUAGGACUUUUCCAAGGGACCGAGAAUCUAUUCAGGUGCUGAGCUGUUGAACGCUGAUUGGUUAAACACAGUUGGGGGCUUCUCUUUCAGACACACGACCGCCUUUUGAAUAUACGCAGUGACUUGUUUAUUUCGUAUUUCUUGUGUAUUUCUAUUACAACAAACUUGACAACGUGGAGAAAGAAGAACGAAAGGAGCUUUCGAAAGGCAAUAACUUUUGUGGGGCAUCUUUGUGCUGAUCAGUGGAACUAUUUUGAAAUGUUUUUACUCAGCCGUAGUCUUUAAACUAUAUGCAGUUUAAGGUUGUUUAUUAUUUUUUACAAGCUUCAUUUCGAUACACAAACCUACGAGAAGUGGACAGACUUUUUUUAAAUCUAUUUACGGAGGAGUGUGAAGCGGCAACUUCAGCAGUUUACUACUCUGAAUUUGUUGAAAACGUGGAUAAAAAUGGAGGCAACUCACGAGUGGAAAGAAGCUGAAGUGGACCAAAAGGUAUCACCUGACCCUUAUGAAUUCAUCAUUUACUAAGAGGAUGACUUCCUGACUUUUGGACAUUGCGUACAAAAGCCUGACUUUUUAUGAACAUUUCGGUACACUUUUAUUUUAUAAAUCACAUUGUUUUUGUACAUACAUACUUACUUGUUAUUAAACAACUGUGACCUAAUAUUCUCUGUUUACUUCAGUGUAAAAAUAUACUAAACUACUCCUCCAUACGUCAUCAGCUGGAUCUGUAUAAACUACCCUGAACUGUGAAAUACGGUGGAAACACAAACCACACACUUCAACAGUUAAGUUAAUGAGGUUCUCUGUAUCUCAUGUGGGCAGCACGGUGGAGACAAUGUUUAGUGCUUGUGCGUCACAAUUAGACGGACUUGGGUUCGAUUCCAAAGCCUAGGUUUUUUUUUUGUGGAGUUAGCAUGUUCUCCCCAUGAUUGCAUUGGUUCUCACUGGGUACUUCGGCUUCCUCCCACCUCCAAACACAUGCACCUAUAAAUAGGUUGAUUGGCAACACUUAAGUGGCCCUAAUGCAUGAAUGUGAGUGUGAAUGUUUGUUUAUUACAAAUGUGUUGGCCCUGCGAUGAGGUGGCAACUUGUCCAGGGUGUACGCCGCCUUUCACCGGAGUGCACCUUCAUAUGCCCCCCCACUCCAUCAAGGGUGACAUGGAGCGUUAUGAGUUUCUAGGUCUGGUCGGGAAGGGCAGUUAUGGCACGUUGGUCAAGUGCCGCCAUCGCAUCUCAGGCCGCCUGGUCGCCAUCAAAAAGUUCCUGGACUCUGAUGAGGACAUUGCAGUGAGGAAGAUCGCUCAGAGGGAAAUCCAGCUGCUCAGGAAACUACACCACGACAACCUGGUAAAUCUUCCAGACGUCUGGCAGCGUCGCCGCUACUGGUAUCUGGUCUUUGAGUUUGUUGAGCAAACUCUCCUGGAUUAUUUGGAGCAAAAUAUCCUCGGGCUGGACCUGAGCACCUGCCGGCAGUGCUUCUUUCAGGUCCUCAGGGGAGUGGCCUUCUGCCCCCAGCAGAAUGUCAUCCACCAUGACAUCAAACCUGAGAAUGUCCUUAUCUCUAAGGGAGGUGUUUUAAAAUCUUGCAAUUUUGGCCUAAGGGGAGCCUACACUGACUAUGUGGCCACGCGUUGGUACCGAGCCCCUGAACUGCUGGUGGGGGACACCAAGUAUAGCAAACCAGUAGACCUGUGGGCUGCGGGCUGCUUACUCGUCGGGAUGCUAACAGGCCAGGCUCUCUUUCCUGGAGAUUCAGACCUCGACCAAAUAUACCACAUUGUAAGGUUAUUCGGUGACCUGACAGCUCAUCAUCAGGAUUUAUUCCACAAGAACCUCACAUUUUCUGGCGUUAACCUGCCAGAACAUUUCAGCAGAAUUCUUCUAGAGCAGCACUUUCCUUUGGUGUCAUCAAAAGCUUUGAAUCUGCCUCAGAUGGAUCCAGAAAAACGAGCUCGAUGUUCAGAGCUGCUGGGACAUUCGGUGUUCACCCACGACGACUUCCAUGUCAGGUUGUUGGAUGAGCUGAGAGUCAGAAUCCAUAAACAGCAAAGAGAGAACUCAAUCCUCCCAAAGAUAAGCAAAGUCUCAAAACAACAAAGAGACCAAGUUGAUGACCAAAGUCGAAGAGGAAAAGAUUCUAAAAACACUAUUAAAGAUGUGCAGGACAAGUAAAAAAUCAGGAAGGAAGUCAAGAAGGUGGUGAAAACAAAAGAGAAGCAACAUUCAAAGCAGUAUGGAACUAUUCAGAACAUAUUGGAACCCAAUGCUACCAAAGCCCCCAAAAUAUUAGGAUCAAGGAGUUUGGAUCAUGGAGUAAAGAUGGCUGCCACCAUGAAAAAUAGAGCAGGACACUAUUCAGUUCUUAAAUCAAAAGACCACAUCAGGGCUUCUGGUGUGACAAAGACCUUCGACUUGUCCUCUAACCAAACCAAGACCACACCUCAAACGUUGUUCCAAUGUCCAAUCAACACACAGCUUCCUCAAAUGGCAUUUCAAAGACUCUCACUGUGGGCCCCAAAGUUUCAAAGGACAAUACAGAACUGGCCAACCCUUCUUCAGCUAAAUCCUCACUAGAUGUCUGCGGACUUUUAAGGUGCCUUUCACCUACUACAAAACUUAUGGAAGAAUAUUCAAUAGACAAGACCGUCAGGCAGCAAAAUCUCCUGACCAAAGCUCCUCAAAGUCACUUUCAGGCACCUCAAUCACCUUUAAUCCCACAACCCGUAAACGUCUUAUUCAAUGAAGACCGUAGAGCCAUGUUCAUGGAAACUGAGAAGACAUUAGCAGGCUCAGAAAAAGAGAACAGUUCCAGGUUUUGGGCGGGACAAGCCAGAAAGACAAAAAGGAGCUUUCCAGAAAUAAGGAAUCAUGCACCAUCUUGGAUCCGCUUUCAGUCAGUUUAACACCAGAUCCCAGGUCUUGCACUCGAAGCUUGGCCCUUUACUCCAACAUUGAUAAGGCACAGCUUCAUUCUCUUCAAGUGGACGCCACCUGUUCCCCGGCUCCACCCCCUUCAUCAUUAACGGCCACCCUUUUCAUCCCUUCCUUGACGUGCCGUGCUGACAGCGGUUGUCUGGACAGAAGAUCCCAACCUGAAGCAUACAAUCUCUGGUGGAGGCAUCACAGUGGCUUUUACUGUCAGCCGCUUCAGCAACUUCAGGGAACACUUGCAACACAGGUGGCGGCGAAAAGCGCAGCCUUAUUCCCAUUAACACACUGUUCCAAAAAGAACAGCUGUGGAGACAGUGCGAUGUCCAAAAGAAAGUCAGCUGAAGGGAAAUACGGCAAGGUUCUGAGGAAAGACAGUGCUACUUUAAUCUUUUGAUCAAGGACACACACACUGACUGCAGAAUUUGUAACUAUACUGUAUGUAGGCCACUAUACAAUCCAGACAUAAGGCAAAUCCCAUGUUCCUUGUAUUUUUAUUUUAUUUAAUCAUAAUAAAUAUUCUGAAAACCUAAUUUAAGAAUUGACAAAAAAAGUUAAAGGAAACUUUAAAGCACACUUAUUGAUGCAUAUUCCAUUUUUAUGUGAAAGUAAAUUACAUUUCCAAAUAAUUCCGGAGAUUCAUCACUACUUUCCAUAGGCUUACACUAUAGCUGCUCGCAGCAGACAGCAUUGGAUUGGCGUGGGGCACCACAAAGAUGUUAUGUGGGUGUUGAAAUAGUGUGUUUUUUGUUUUGUUGUUUGUCUAUGCAGGGUGCAAUCGUAUGUGUGCAACAUGUAUGGAUUAUUGAUUUUUUAUUUCUCUUUGUAUUUAAGUUUUGUAGCUGUAUGUAGAAAUAGUUCCUAAGAAGUGGCAGCUGGUUGCAUCAGCCAUGCUCUCCUUUA